AUUAUAACAGAUAAAUACUAUGUCAGAAUCUUUAAGCACUGUAUAUUCUAAAGUGCACGCAAAACAAACAGCUGAAUGUUAACAGCUAAGGGAGAUAACUGACAAUGUUUACGACCGCUUAAUUUACUUUUGGUGAUGGGGAAACUUAAUCCUUGUAAUUGAUAUACAUUGUGACUCAAAUUUGAAUGUAUCUGCAGAUGAAGACGAAGUGCACUAAAUCACUUCAUACCAUUUGUAUAACAAGUUGAGAGAUAUGUUUUUACCAAGUAUUUGUACAAGUUAUGACGAUAACACUAUAUCAGAAUGUUUAGCACUGCAUACUCUAAAGUACACACAAAAACAAGACAGCUGUAUGUGGACAGGUAAGGGAGACAAAUGACAAUUUUACCAAGGCUUCGUUUACAUCAGGUGAUAGGAAAUCUAACCAUUAUAAAUUUUAAUGAUACAGCAUGUGACUUGAUAAUACACACACACUUUGGUUCUUUUCUUGAGUUAGGAACGGAAUGUUCCCAUCCCCAGUCCUGUACAGUAACAAGGGCAGGAAGAUAUCCGUUUGUGGACAGCCUUGCAUCCAGUGGUCAACGGUCUCUCAUCCGACUGCUAUAGCUGACGUCAAUGCUGGCUAAUGCCAUGAUCAUGUGGACAGCAUUUGUUUUGGUGUGCAUGGAUUCUGAAACUUGCUGUACAUUUUACAUGUCUCUAAUAGCACAUUUUUCCUCUUCGAAAUGCAGUCAUGUGGUACAACAAUGGUAUGAAGAUAUAUGUUGGUGGACAACUGUGCCAUCAGUGGGCAACGGACACGCAUCCGCUUGCUAUAGCUGACGUCGAUUGUCAACAAGCACUGACAGGAAACAACCUCACUAUACAGACCAGCAAAGUUGUCACGCUGUGCGAGGUACAGAUAUUUGUUUGUAGCGACGGCUGGUUUGGUGAGGACUGUGACAAACAGUGUCACUGUUCACUAAACACAGAAGUAUGUGACAAGAUCAAUGGACAGUGUCUGAGUGGAUGUGCUCCAGGAUACAUGGAAAUAGACUGCCAAACAGCGUGUUCAGACGGUUACUAUGGAAACUGCACCUCCAAGUGUGGAAACUGCCUCAACGCUGCCUUUUGUCACAAGUCAACAGGUAUCUGCCCUGGAGGUUGUGCAGCAGGGUGGCAAACUGACACCUGUCUUCAACCGUGUUCAGACGGUUACUAUGGAAACUGCACCUCUAAGUGUGGAAACUGCCUCAACGCUGCCUUUUGUCACAAGUCGACAGGUAUCUGCCCUGGAGGUUGUUCAGCAGGGUGGCAAACUGACACCUGUCUUCAACGGUGUCCGAAUGGCUACUAUGGUCCGAACUGUGGCUUCCAGUGUGGCAACUGUGUGGAAGGUGAUGUUUGCAGUAAGACAAAUGGAACAUGUCCUGGAAGAUGUGCAGCAGGGUGGAUCAACGGCACGUGUCAUCAAGCAUGUCCAGAUGGUUACUAUGGUACUGGCUGCACGUCCAAGUGUGGAAACUGUCUGGACAACGAUGUGUGUAACAAGUCAACGGGAACAUGUCCCAAAGGAUGUGCACCGGGGUGGAUGAAUGAUACGUGUCAUAACAUGUGUGAAGACGGGAAGUACGGAAUUGGUUGUACGUCAGGAUGUGGUCACUGCAAGAACGACACAAUCUGUGACAAAACUAACGGAACCUGCGGGAGUGGAUGUGAUGGGGUGUAUUCAGGUGCCCGCUGCGAGCCCAUGCAGGUUACGGUUAAUGAAAAAGACUCUAUGGCUGGAAUAAUUGGAGGGACAGUUGCAGCUCUGUUGGCAAUUACUAUCGUCAUAAUCGUCUUAAUUAUCAUCUUCAGGCGGAGGAAGGAACCAAAGCACGAUAACGAGAGGCUGCAGUCUAAUCAAGAUGUACCUAGUUCAAAAGCAAAAACUGACAAGGCAGCUAGAAUGAAAUCCAGUUCAACACCAGCGACCAAGGACGACGAAGACGAAGACGCUACCCUAUCUGUUGAAGCUGAAGUUGACGUAGAUAACGACGCUGUCGCCACCUACUACAACUUUGUACCUCCUCACAUGAAGCUGGACACUCUGCCACAGUGUAUAAUUGAGAAGAAAACGAAGGCCACUUUUCCAACAGAAUUUCAGGCCAUCCCAUAUGGAGCAAAGAAACCACAUAAAUUCGGCAAGCAGCCAGAAAACAAGAUCAAGAACCGCUUCCUUGCUCUUUAUCCAUAUGAUGAAUCGAGGGUAGUGUUGGCAGAUGGGGAGGAUUACAUCAAUGCCAAUUACAUCGGUGGUUAUGAUGAUACUCAGAAGUACAUAGCCACACAAGGACCCAAGCCGGGGACAGUCACUGACUUCUGGCGGAUGGUGUGGCAGGAGGACGUUACCCAGAUAGUCAUGCUGACGAGGCUGAUGGAGAUGAACAAGAAGAAAAGUGCAAAAUAUUGGCCUGAUGCGACCAAGACCGAAAGCUACGGAAACGUCCAGGUUAAUAACAAGGAUGUGGCAACAAGAGCUGAUUACACAAUCUCUACUUUCCUGGUACAAUGUUCUGGUGUCGAGAGGACUGUGACGCACUACCACUUCACAUCUUGGCCUGACCAUGGUGUUCCUUCUGCUCCUGCCCUCGUCAACUUCUGGAGACUGGUCAAACAGGGGGACAUGGGCAGGGGACCCAUGGUGGUGCACUGCAGCGCCGGAGUGGGGAGAACAGGAGCAUUCCUUUCCCUGGACUACCUGAUGGAUGAAGCUGAGAGUAACAACAGGGUCAACGUUAACAUGUGUGUUGGCAAAAUGAGACAGAACAGGAUGAACAUGGUCCAGACAGAGAGUCAGUACGAGUUUGUCCAUGAUGUUGUUCUGGAAGCCCUCCACAGUCGGGGAACGCUCUACACUUUACCAGACUUUGACAAAACAUUCGGACUCAGAGAAUCCUUCACCACUCAACAGCAGACCAUGCUGAAGGAAGAAUUCAAGUUACUGAGAGAGCUGGCAUCUAACCUUACAGAAGCACUGCAGGACAACUUCACACGCACUGCUUCCAGAGAACUUCGACAAAAACAGGAGCUUGGAUAUUCUUCCCGGUACAAACAGCUUGUUCGAAGUCAAAGAAAUAAUUCGAGGCCGUAUCUGUGUACACCUGUCCAGAAGCGGAAUGACUACAUCAACGGAGUAUUUCUACCAUCAACUCUGCAUCUGUCAAGCCUGAUCGUCACCCAGACCCCGCUACCAGACACUGUGGUGGACUUCUGGAGACUUGUGUAUGACCAUGACUGUUUCACCAUCGUCUGUCUGGAUGACGCACAGGUACAUAUUUGGGGCAACAUCUCAUUUUAUUAUCAAACUAACAGCCAUACAUUAUUUUAGCAUCAUGUGGACGGUUUGUCUCAUUGAUGCACUGAGAUUUAUUUCCAUCCAAUAAAUCUCCAUUUUUGCAAAGCAUAUUUAUGUUCCCAGUUUGUUACGACAGACGCUGUCUAGUCACGUCGGUGCUUCUGUAAACAAUGUACAUGUCACUCAAUAAUCACUGAGAAGAAUUACAUCUCAGCUUUUGUUUUGUUACGACGAUUUGAAAA